AUGGCCUCUCAAACGGAGUUUUCGAGCUUCUGGCCUCCGCUACCUUCUCCGCAGAAUGGGGAGGACGCUGAAGCCCUUGGCUGUGGGCUUUCGGAGGGAACGUCGACGGUGCCGAAGUCCAUGGUCUCCUUCCCGUCCACGUUGCAUCCACAAGGCAUGCCAGUCUUUGGCUGGCUACCACCCCGCCAUGCGUUGAAGCCGCAGCGGCGGAUCAUCAUUGGCCGGAAGCAGCACAAGAGGAGGAUCGAGACCCUCGAAACCGAGGUGGUGGCCUUGUUCGAAGAGCUCCGAGAGGACUUUCCCAAAUCGGACUCCCUCAAGCGGCUACCCCUCUUCUUCAUCACCGGCCCACGUUUUAAGCGGAAGUUAGACGAGUACCUGCGCGCGAGGCUGCGGAAAGGCGUGCCGUCGCUCUUCCGUACCCUCCGGUCCUACUACUACUCGCCGGGGGAGCCCGAGACGGUGGAGGAACUCCUGCUGCAGUACGCGAAGUGUCUGCGGGAGGCGCGGGUGGAAGCCGACCAUGGUCCGUGGAAAGCCGACGGACAUCUCUUGGUCGGCCCACUCAGCUGGUGCAAGGGGCGGAGCGAGACAUUCGUCUUGGAAGAAGGGGAGUCGGUCUGGCUCAACUGGCUCAACAGCAGUAGGUUUGGACCUCUCAGUGGAGAGCAAAGUGAGCCUCCCAAGAUGAGCGACGAAGAACCCCCCACUGCGCUGCUGUUCACCUUGAUGACUCUGGCAGAGCAUUUCGACUUCAUGGGGGAGACGCAUAAGGCGUUGGAGUACGGGAAUGAAGCCAUCGAGCACACACCCACCUUGGUGGAACUCUAUGCAUGCAAGGCUCGGAUCUACAAGCACGCUGGUGACCUGGAGACUUCGGCCAAGUGCUACGAGGAGGUCCGUGAGAUGGACUUGGCCGACCGAUACCUCAAUACGCAGUGCGUCAGGGCGCUCUUGAGGAUCGAUGAGACCCAGCAGGGAAUGGAGAAGGCCCAGCGCGGAGCACCGCCGAUGCGGGGCACCACUAACGCGGCGAACCUCCAUGAGAUGCAGUGCAUGUGGUACGAGUCCGCCGUGGGCCGUAGCUACUACCGGCAGAAGAAGUACGGCAAGGCCUUGAAGCAGUUCCAUGAGACCUUCAAGCACUUCAGCGACAUCGCGGAAGAUCAGUUCGACUUCCACAACUAUUGUUUGCGGAAGACCACUCUCAAGGCCUAUGUGUCCAUGCUUCGGAUGCAAGAGAGGCCUGAGUUCCGGGCUUCGGACCGUUCUUGGGCAGGGAAGUUCUAG